GGGAGGAUCCACCUGUGAGAUGCAGUGGGAUUUGUAGCCCAGGGUUUCCGCUCUGCCCACGCCUCUGCCAGUGGUCACUGAGACACUUGUUUUCUGAUAAAGAGGAAGGAAAAAGCACCAGCCGUUGUCCCGGACGCUCAGUGACACAGUGAGCCCAGGCAGGGAAGUGCUCCUGAUUUACCACAGCGUGGGGAAAGAGGCUCAGCCUGGCUGGGGAGGGAGCAGCCGUGUGCCCAGGAAGGAUGGGAAUGAUGCUGCGAGCAGCCGUGCUCCUGAGCUCCCUUCUGCACUGCAGCGCUUUUCUGGAACUGAGUGGCCCCAGCGAGAUCAAAGGUGUCUGGAAGGAGUCUGUCACUCUGCCUUGUGCCUAUGUGCCUGUGGAGGACCUUGUGCAGCAAACCCUCACCUGGACUGUGGUACACGAUAAGGGUUCAAGCACCAUCUUCCGGAGGGAUGGCUCUGGGGACCACAUCCUCCUGUCUGAGUACAGGGGCAGAGUCAGCAUCCCAAAGGAUGUCCCAGGAGAUGUGUCUCUCCUCAUCCUGAGCCUGGAGAUCUCUGACAGAGGAACCUACACUUGCCAGGUCACCUGGAGAGACAGCAACAACAGCCUGAUAGCAAAGGAGAUCACCACCAAUCUGGAGGUCGUUAAAGUGGCAGCCACCAAGCCCAUCAUCAGAGGCGCGGAGCCGGGGCUGGCGCUGCCGGCCGGAGCCAGCGCCAGCCUGAGCUGCGAGGCCAGCGGCUCCCCCCCCAUCAGCUACCGCUGGUUCCGCAGCGGCCCGGCGGGCACGGCCGAGCUCCUGAGCAGCGGGGCUCAGCUGGCCUGGCCCAGCCUGCGGCCCUCGGACAGCGGCACCUACUUCUGCGAGGCGGAGAACAGGGCUGGGGCCGGCGCCGCGCAGCGCAGCGAUGCCGUGCAGCUGACGGUCACAGAUCUGCCCACAACAACAGCGACCGUGCAGAGGAAUGUGGGAACCACAGGGGGACACCACUCAACCACAGCUCGGGGAGAGAGCAGUGACAUGGAACACACAGUGACAGAUCUGGUCCCAACAACGCGGGGGUCCAGGAUGGAUACUGCUCCACUGGGGCCUUUCACAGGCGCAGGUUCCCCGCGGGUCGCUCCGUCCCCGCUGCUGUACGGGCCGGCGGCCGCGCUGGGCGGAGCCGCGCUGGGCGCGCUGCUGGCGGCGGGGCUGGGCUGGUGGCGGCGGCGGAGGAAGGAGGAACCUCUCUAUGAAGUUGCCUUCCGCAGCACUGCAGAAGUCGCCCGGCUGCACACCGAGGGGGAAGUCCCUGCUAAGAGCCUACAGGAGGAAGCACACUGUAACACUGAAAAGACCACCACAAAAGACAGGAAAAGUCCUGAGUAUGAGAACCUUGUGACCGCAAUGGAAUCACAAUAUGAAACAGAAGGAAUGUAGUACAGUACCAGCUUUUCAUGCAGGGCUGCAGCACUGAUCUGCUCUGACAAGGUCUGGACACCUUCCUCAGAAGACAUGAAGCCUGGGACAAAGCUACAGAGGAAGAAGGCAACAGGAUUUAAGAAAGGGGGAGUGGAUGCCUCAGAUGGACCAGCCCCCAUGUACUCCAUGUUGCCACUGCCUCUAAUUAGGGCAGCAAAAGGACUUUGGUCACAAGUAGAAGAACAGUGGAAACAUUAGAAACCUGUCUCCAGUGCUGAAGUAUUUUUGCCUGGGCAACAAAUGUGUGAUUAUUUCUUUAUUUUACUUUUGGUGUGUUUUCUAUGUUUCUAGUAAAACCUGUUG